CUCACUUCGCUAAUCUAGAGGAACUGAUGGACGGACAGGAGGAGAAUGUUGGAAGAAGAAGAUGGCUUAUAUUUGAUGGGCGGGCCCCACACCCUGCCGAAACUUGUCUCUACUGGCACGCUCUAUACGAGCAGGUAUAGAGGAAAAACAAACAUAUACAUAUAUACACAUAUAUAUAAACAAAGCAAAGAUAUUGUUGAUGAUGGCGAGGUUGAUGAUGCGCCCAGCUCACUCCCGCGCUGACUGACACGCCCGCGCGCACGGCCACGGCCACGGCGAUGAGAUCAUCACCUGCUGCAUUAUUUGUUCUUUUCUUCGCAAAUUAAACUAAACAAACUGGCUUUAAUCUCUGGAGGCCCUCUGAUCUAUCUUUCCAGAGCAGCUGCGCGAGGAAGAAAGCAAAGCAAGCCAGGCUUUAACCACCACUACGCUCGCUCACUCCAUUCCCGCUCUAUUUAUACCCUCUCGUCUCCUUCCUCAAGGCCACACCACCAAGCAUACCACCUCAGCUCGAUCGAUCACCUCCGGCUACUAGACAGCGUCCAGCUUCUGAUCUCUAUCUCUCGGCUGCUACAGUAGCAGUGCUAGCAGCGCGAUGCUGACCUCACUGAGGUACCUGGCGGGCACGGCGGGGCCGAGCGGCUUCGGCUCGCGCGCCACGGCCGAGGAGGCCACCGCUGGGUGCGGGGACCUCCGCCACGUGACGGCCAUCAUCACCGGCGCGACGUCGGGGAUCGGGGCGGAGACGGCGCGCGUGCUGGCCAAGCGCGGCGCGCGGCUGGUGCUGCCGGCGCGGAGCCUCAAGGCCGCCGAGGACGCCCGCGCGCGCCUCCGCGCCGAGUGCCCCGGCGCCGACGUCGUCGUGCUGCCGCUGGACCUCAGCUCCCUCGCCUCCGUGCGCCGCUUCGUCGCGCGCUUCCUCGCGCUCGGCCUCCCGCUCAACCUCCUCGUCAACAACGCCGGCAAGUACGCCGACCGCUUCUCCGUGUCGGAGGACGGCGUCGAGAUGACCUUCGCCACCAACUACUUAGGGCACUUCUUGCUGACGCGGCUGCUGCUGGAGAAGAUGGCGGAGACGGCGCGGGCGACCGGCGUCGAGGGCCGCAUCAUCAACGUCUCCUCCACCAUCCACAGCUGGUUCGCCGGCGACGACGCCGUCGGCUACCUCGACCGCGUCACCCGCAGGAAGAUACCGUACGAUCCGACGAAGGCGUACGCGCUGUCCAAGCUCGCCAACGUCCUGCACACCAGAGCGCUCGCCGAACGGCUGAGGGAGAUGAAUGCCAACGUGACGGCCAACUGCGUCCACCCCGGCAUCGUCAGGACCCGGCUCAUCCGCGACCGCGACGGCCUCGUCACCAAUACAGUGUUCUUCCUGGCGUCGAAGCUCCUCAAGACGAUCCCUCAGGCGGCCGCGACGACGUGCUACGUGGCGGUGCACCCGGCGGUGGCCGGAGUGUCCGGGAAGUACUUCGCCGACUGCAACGAGGCAUCGCCGUCGAGGCUGGGCGCCAGCAGCGAGGAGGCCGCCAAGCUGUGGAGCUUCUCUGAGAACAUAACGGCAGAGAAGGUUCAGAAGAUGAGUGUCCAUGUCAGCGCCGGCGGCUUCCGGCUCCAGGUCCAGAGCUCCAAUGCAGACCGCGGCAUGGCCCUCGCGUAGGAGCCUCGAGAUUUGGAAAUUUUGAUCGCCAACGAUACGCCCCCUGAUGAGAUCACACAUCCUGAAAAACAUAGUAGUAGUAACAGUAUCAGUCUAAAAAACCAGCGGAGAUAGCAGUAAACUAGUAGUAAUACAGAAGGAAAGCAAUAGUAGAAUAUGCAUUACAAAUAUACAGUACAGCUUUAAGCCUGUAAAUAUAUAGCCAUAUGUAUACAAGUACAUGCUAGUGUGUUCUGGGUAUUGUCUGUAGCUGCAAAGAUCAGUAUUUCAUAUGUUUAUGUUGAAGCAUGAGUAAAAGUAAAUCGACUAAAUUUUCUCA